UAAUGUAAAUAGCUCCAUGUGAGCGAACAGGUUCACGGAAAGCAACGCUUUGCGUUAUCAACGAACAGAGUGUUGGCACGGAAUGGCGCACCCAAAAGCGUGGCCGACUCGUUCUUAAUAAACCGUGAAACAAUCCUAAUUACGGUGUUACUAUGGGGCAUGAACGCCGCUGGAACAUAGGGUGUGGUGACGCAUUAAAUUAGCAUUGCAUUUCCGGCAAGAUCUCGACGUUUGAAAUUGUUCAUUCACAUCAGAAUAAACUCCACACUCAUCGAACAAUUUAUAUAAUUCUUCUUGCUGGACCAAUAAUUAUUAUUAUUCGAACCUAUGAUAUUUGCAUUGGAUCGAAACGUAUCUUCGGGUGGUGCAGUCUGCGCUCUACAAACACGCGACCCGCUUAAAACAAUGCCAUGAAAUCGAUCAUAGAAGGCAUGCAUCAACGCGUAUGCAUUAUGCAUCUCUGGAACCGCCCUAAUCGCUUCGACAUCGCUGCCCUCGGCGUUCCUUUCCCGCGAGCAUUAGCUAGUACGCAUCGCCACGCAAAUUGCACCGUGUACACACGCCCGGUUGCAAGUACUCUGCUCGCUCACUUGCUCGCUCGCUCUGUUUACCAUUUUCGAGCGAACAUGCGGUUAAGAAGCGUGGGCUAAAACGUCGAGAAACUCGGGCCGUACCAAAGGAAAAAGCAUAAAAAAGAAGGGUAUAACCCGGCUGGUCGAAACGCGGCGUUCGGUAGGGCAGCCAGUGGUGGGGACUUGGGCAGAUGUUUGGUCCAUGGUACGAGGGCUCCAGUCCCCUAUGGGGUGCCGUGCCAUAAACUACCCUCCAUCGACGAUUCUUUCGCGUAGGCAGUAGCAGCCAGACCCGAUGCUAACGCGACGACAACAAUGGCUUUCGGUCUCCACGCUUCUGCCCCUUGUGAGCCAGCCUUAAGGGCCACGUGACACGCGAGAAACACGCAUUUUCACGCAGACACACGUGCCUGUAGACGCACACAAAGACUUCGCAGAAUUCGCCGGAGACUCCUUCGAGUCGUGUCGAGACUCGCUUCUUCCACCACGUGGUCGACGCUCUCGUGCCCGUUGUGGUAGACGAGCAGCGUCUGCCGACAAUUGCGAGAUCUUUCCUCGUGGAAUCUUCCAACUCGGAACGCGCAUUUUCGUGAAUCAUCCGUGCGAUCCAACGUUUACGUAAUUACUAAAGAUAUACCGUUCAAUCGAUUGUCAAUAGUGUGUGCAAGUGAGUGGAGUAGCAAAGAUCGUUCCGAUCAAGGGAAUUUUAUUGCGAGACGAAGGGAUCGAUCUUGUGUAUACAGAUUCUGGCAGUUCCCCGUUCCAAUUUCGAUGUGGUCAAAGAGGGAUGUCGUUGAAAGUGAACCGCACUCCAGCGCGUUUCGAGAGGACAUUUAACGCUUGAGCGUGAACUAUAUGUAUUGGAAGCAUCAGCUGCACAGGAUCAAUAGAAAUCGACGUUAGAAGAUGUCGUUUGCUGAGAUCAACCAGCACGCGCCGUCACACGAGCGCCACUCCCGCUGACUCAGGAUUCCGAGCUGUCCAGUGAAGAGUCCACAGCCCUUGAAGGAAUUCGUGGGUCGCUGCCAGACGAUGCCAUCACGGGUGAAAAAGUCUUUCUGCGGUUGCCUUCAGGAUGACGAGCCACCGGAAAUCACGUAUUGCGUUGUGGAGCACACGGGUACGCUCACGCUUCAAGCAAUGACGCCCACCCUGCCGAUGCCUGCCGAGGAAGAACUGAACAAGAUGUUCCUCGAAUUGGUCGACGAGCUGGACCUGACCCAGGCCAACCGACAGGCGGUUCUGGCACUUCCGGCGAACAAAAAGUGGCAGAUAUAUUGCUCCAGGAAAGGUAACGGCACGCUUGAGAAUGGUGGACUGAGAACUACAGAUCUGAGCGGGGAUCCCGAGGAUUAUAUCAACAGACUGAAGACGAUAGCUAGUAGUCCUUUUCCCGAAGAGGGCGAAGAAGUUUCGAAUCAGAUGCGACAAACCGAAGCCCUAAAGACCGCUCUGAGGACGCAGCCGCAUAGUUUCGUCCUCAGGUUUAUAGAACUCGAUGGAUUGAAUGCUCUGUUACAAGUUCUUGGAACUAUGGACGCGGAGGCAGCUAACAGUAACCUUCACACAAGUGUGAUAGGGUGUUUGAAGGCGUUGAUGAACAAUUCGAAUGGAAGAGCACACGUAUUGGCGCACCCUACUGCCAUUAAUACAAUAUCCCAGUCGCUGGCGACUGAAAACAUCAAGACAAAGAUAUCCGUUCUCGAAAUUCUGGGUGCUGUCUGCUUGGUUCCAGGUGGUCAUCGAAAAGUCUUGGAAGCUAUGCUACAUUUCCAGCAAUAUCAUUCCGAACGAACACGUUUCCAAAGUAUUAUAAACGAUUUGGACAAGAACUUCGGUAUCUACAAAGACAAUCUGUCUCUGAAGACGGCGAUCAUGUCGUUCAUUAACGCGGUGUUAAAUUAUGGACCGGGUCAAGUGACUUUGGAGUUUAGGUUACAUCUAAGAUACGAGUUAUUGAUGCUCGGUAUUCAACCGAUUAUCGAAAAGCUUAGAAAAUAUGAAAAUGAGACGCUAGAUAGGCAUUUGGAUUUCUUUGAAAUGGUGAGAAACGAAGACGAAAAGGAGUUGGCGAGAAAGUUCGAAAAGGAACACGUAGACACGAAGAGCGCUACGGCGAUGUUCGAUUUAUUGAGGAGGAAGCUCAGUCAUACCGCUGCGUAUCCUCAUUUGUUGAGUCUUUUGGAACACUGUCUUCUAUUACCUCUCGAUUAUGGCUCCCAUCCUCAACACUGGCUACUGUUCGAUCGGAUCGUGCAACAAAUCGUUCUCCAGUCAGAAGGAAAUGAUACAGGUGUCACAAGGAAUCCCGACGUCGCGCCGAUUGAGAUCAACGUGAAGGAAAUUGUUCAUUUGCUCGCAAAGGAAGAAGAACUCGUCGCGGCCAGGAAGAAGGCAGAGGAGUUGGAGCGAGAAAAUUCCGACAUGUCGAGUAGACUAGCCAAGAAGGAACAAGAGUUAGAUCUAAGAACACAAGAGAAAGAAGAUAUAGAGGCCAGCUUGGCAAGGGUGAAAGAACGCCUCGAGAAGGAGACGUCGAUGCAUAUAGAGACGAAGCAGAGGAUUUCGGAAUUGCAAGACAACGUCGAGACGCUAUCUCGACAGAUAAACAACGAGAAAUCGGAGAGGAAGAGGCUGGAACAAUUGGUAGCUUCCGGAAGCUUACCGGACGAUGCGAAAGCGACGAUUAAAAUCGUCGAGGACGAGGUUCUUGAGAAGGUUGAAGCCAAACCGAUGCCACCGCCGCCCCCGCCUCCACCUUUGGCACCUCCACCACCUCCUUGCCUAAUGCCCGCAGCUCCUCCUCCGAUGAAGGUGGAGAUAAUCAAGAAUGUUCCUCAGCCGAGCAAUCCCUUGAAGUCUUUUAAUUGGUCGAAAAUACCGGAGCAAAAGUUGCAAGGCACUAUAUGGUCGGAACUCGAUGACACGAAGUUAUAUAACGUCAUGGAUCUAGAAUCGAUCGAUAAAAUCUUUUGCGCUUAUCAAAAGAACGGAGUGUCCGCGGAGGGUUCGAUCGAAGAUCUGCGAACCCUAGGAAAGAACAAAAAGACCAUGUCGGUGAUCGAUUCGAGGAGAGCUCAGAACUGCACGAUUUUAUUGUCGAAGUUGAAAAUGUCCGACAACGAGAUCACUAGAACCAUCCUCUCUAUGGACCAACAGAAUAUUCUGCACAUAGACAUGGUUGAACAACUAUUGAAGUAUAUCCCAUCGUCGGAAGAAGCUGCUCUCUUAGACAUACAUCAGAAAGAGCUUCAGAACAGAGCCGAUUGUUUCUUAUACCAAAUAUCCAAAGUGCCGCAUUACGAGCAAAGAUUACGAUCUCUUCACUACAAAAAGAAAUUCGCUGCCAGCAUUGCGGAAUUGACACCGAGAAUGCGAGCGGUGCUCGAAGCUAGUCGACAGGUGGCCAGGUCCCGGCGACUUAGAAAGCUCCUGGAAUUGGUCUUAGCUCUAGGGAAUUACGUAAAUCGCGGAAACGCUCGCGGGAAUGCCUGCGGUUUCCGCUUAGCUUCCUUGAAUCGUCUAGUCGAUACCAAGUCUUCUUGCUCCAAAGGCACGACUUUGCUGCACUAUUUGGUUCAAAUCCUUGAGUCUAGGUUUAGGGAGGUGUUGGAUAUCGAGGAGGAUAUGCCUCAUGUUCGAACAGCAGCUAGAGUUAGCAUGGCUGAUCUGCAGAAAGAGGUGGCUAAUUUGAAGAACGGUCUUCAGGACGUUCAAAGGGAAAUAGAAUUCCACCGUGGUCAGUCGCAAGUACUUCAAGGAGAUAUGUUCUUGCCAGCAAUGAGAGAUUUCCAGGCACAGGCUACAUGUAGGUUAGCGGAAGCGGAGGAUCUGUUCCAAGAUAUGAAGACUAGAUUUGACCGUGCGGUGAGGCUGUUUGGCGAAGAUUCAGCAGGCGUGCAGCCAGACGAGUUCUUUGGCAUUUUUGAAAACUUCCUACAAGCGUUAGCUGAAGCCAGACAAGACGUGGAAAAUAUGAGGAAGAAGAUAGAGGAAGAAGAACGAAGAGCAAAGCAAGAACAAGAGCUUCGGAAGAGGACAAUGGAAAGAAAGAAUUCUCGCGAGGGAAUAUUGAACAGCAUCUCGUUGAGCAAGAAGAACGAAGCCAAUAGCAAUGGACAGAAUGACAAUAAGGGUGAAUUCGAUGACUUGAUAUCGGCUCUUCGAACCGGCGAUGUUUUCGGAGAGGAUAUCGCGAAGUUUAAAAGAUCAAAGCGCAGACCUGUGACUCCGAGCGGCCAAGAAUCGCGAAGACACAGCGCGCACAGAGAAGAUUCCAGGGAAAGACAUUGAAAUCUUUUCUGGAAUUGCUAGUGACGUUAACGUCGUUCGAACCAUUUUACGAUUUAAACAAUAUGUGAUAGAAAGGAAACAUGAAUGUUGCGUUGAAGGAAAUCAAUUCCCCUGUAGGAAUAAAGGAGAGAAUCGAAAUAACGGAUACGUUAAGUAGGAAACGUGUAAAUAGGCUAACAAAAUGAAGACUACGAAACUUUUACUUUUCGUAAAUUCCUUCAUCGAUUACGUAGUAUUAUCUUCGGAUGUAAUUCCUGUUUAAUUCAUUAUCUCUAAAGUCUUCCUAAUUCACCGAUCGUAAUUCGUUUGGUGCAUUAUGUUUCGUGAAGUUUGUUCGAUCAUAAAUUCUGAAAAUUGUAUACGAUUUAUAUUUUUAAUCGAAUCUCAUGUUUCGUUUUUGCAAUUAUUCCUGCACAUAUCUGACACUGUGUUCGAUGUUGCGUACGAAAUACGGCAAAGAAAUAUCCAGGAAUACGAAAUCGUGUGAGAACGCGAUCUCUAAAUCGACAAGACCAAAGCGUCGUACGAUUAACGAUGUCUUAGCACGCUCAAUGUCGAUACUUUGUCUCUUUUUUUACUCAAUGAUAACCAAAUAGAAUUUUGUGUUUUUAUCAUCGUAUAUGUCGAUUAAAAUUAAGCGACAUUGCAUAAAAAUUGCAAAAUCGAAAAACUGAGCGAACGCAAGUUUGUACAUUGUUAAAAAGCGUUUGUGUUACGAGUCAGGCAAGGGUAUCACGCGAUAAUUUUCUGUAUAUAGUCAUUAUGCGUUUGUUCAUUAAGGUAGUCCGCGUUUAACGGCAGUGAUUUGCAAAACUUCGACGAAAGAACAUCGCAGCGAUCGGACCAAGAAGAGGUAAAGAACAGAGAGAAAACGCAACGCGAUCCUAAGAACGAUGGACCUGUUACAAUUUUGAAAAGACUUCGAUUUUCAUACGUCGACGAAUAUUCUUAGCGAAAUUUUCGAUGCUUUUUGAGAACAACGUGUUCUUUUUAUAUACUAAGAAACAUACCAGAGAGGGCCAUUGCAUAUAUGCAACUCUAUUUCAGCCUCGGGAAACCUACAAGUCUGAUUUUGUAUUUUAGAAAAGGACCUAAUCGUUAAUUAGAUUAUUUAGAAGCUCGUUAAUAAUUGCCGAGUCGUUGAUGGAAUUCGUGUUAGUUUUCGAUGUGUAGACCAGAGAAGGCGAAACGAUUAGACAAGAGUUCGUUGUAUAGCAGUCGAUGUUUUGUAAGCUUUUGUAUUUUUGUAAAUAUUCAGUAUCGAUGUCCUAUUCUUGUCGAUGGCGGCAGCCCGAUAAUAUAUUACUGCGUCCUUAAUGUCACAUGUAUUAAUAUAUACAUAUAUAUAUAUAUAUAAAAUAUACCGAAUAAACGUGAAAUUCAAAUCCUCA